UUCAAAGGCUAUUUGUAGUUGUGCUUGCAAUGGCUGUUAGUUGCUGCACCGGUUGCUGCUUUCGCUGUGGUAGCUUGCAAAGUUUGGAUACAAGAUGCGGUCGGGAAUAUUCUCCAGCACUUUGAUAUCCACCUUUGUCCUUUUGACCUUGCAUUGGAAUGGAGCUUGUGAAGAGGGCGGAUCGAAUAUUGUAUUUAUGACUGUACCUAUGGUUCACAGUCAUUAUUUUAACGGUAUGGGCCUGGCAGAGGAGAUGGCACGUCGGGGGCACAAGGUUUCAAUUUUGGUAACGGAGCAGCUAAAGACAAGAAAGAGCAUUGUAAAACAUGUUGAAUACCGGCUAAGAGACGCUGAGUUGGUAAACUCGAUUAACGAGGUUUACAAUGAUGUUUCGAAAAAAGAAUUCGGUGCCAUGGCCUUCAUCAAUUUUGUCAAAGAUCUAAUCAGACUUUUUGUCGAUGCUUGCUUUGCAAUUUUGGAGAACGAACAAACGCUGAAAGAAAUAAAGGAAGCAGACAUGAUUGUUGCAAUAACAUCAAUGUCAUGUGCCUACUACCUUGGUGAUAUCUUCGACAAGCCAGUUAUAUCACUGCACACUUCUGCUUUUUAUUUUCUCAGUCAAUUCACAGGGGCACCAAGUGUUCCUAGCCAUGUCCCUGCGGCAACUAUAGCUUUGAGUGAUGAAAUGACUUUCUUUGAGAGAAUCCAAAAUUUUAUCUCAUAUCGACUAUAUGAUGCAAUCGAGAGUCAUGGAACUACUUAUUACUUUAGAGAGCUGCAAGCUGCGUAUGGUUGGAGAAGCAGUGGAAGUUUUCCAGAGGUGAUUGGGAAAACAGAACUGUUUAUCUUCACUACUGACUUCUCUUAUCAGCACGCCCAGCCAAUAAUGCCUAAUACUUUUUUCGUUGGACCACUUUUGGCUAAACCUCCAGCACCAUUAUCUGAAGAUCUUGAGGAAUUCAUGCAAAGUUCCAACGAACAUGGAGUGGUACUCAUUGCUUUUGGCAGCGCUGCCUCUGAGAUGGACCAAACAACUAUUGAGGCAAUGCUAACUGCGAUCUCACGGAUGAAGCAAAAGUUCAUAUGGAAACUUGAGGCAACAGAAAAUCUGAAAAUCCCUCAAAACCUGAAAGCGCUCAAAUGGGUUCCUCAGAAUGACAUACUUGGGCAUAAAAAGACCAAGGCUUUCGUUAGUCACAUGGGACUCAAUGGUGCAGCAGAAGCUGCGUACCACGGCGUUCCGAUCGUCGCUGCGCCUUUCAAAGGAGAGCGGUUUCAUAAUGCAGUUUUGUUUACCAAGAAGGCGAAGAUGGCCAAGUUUAUCGACAUUAUAAAUGCUGGUGCAGACACAUGGCAAAGCACUAUGGAAGAGGUUGUUUACAAUUCAAGUUACAAAGAGCAUGCAAUGAUGACGUCAAAACGUAUGCGAAGCUGGCCUAAAUCAGGCACAGAGAGAGCCGGAGAUCUUGUUCAAUACGCUCUUGAUAAUGGUGGACGUCUGCCUCAUUUGAAGUCAAAUGCAAACACUCUGUACUGGUUCCAAUACUACUGUGUCGACGUCAUUGCGUUUUUGCUGGCACUCGCAGUGAUACUUCCAUGUUUAUUUUGUAAAGUGCUUAAGUUUCUUAUUUCAUUUUUAUGGAAAAACAGAACUAAGUCAAAAGAAGAAUAGUUCGAGAAA